AUCACUGAAUUAUCCUCGUCCCCCUGGCAGACCCAAUCAACGGGUAUCGAAAUUAGGGUUUUGUUUUUGUUUAAUCUUUGGACAAAUCUCCAUUCUGUAGCUGAAAUCGAGAACUUUCUCUGUUUCUCACCGAAAUCAACCGUCAGGCCGAGACAUGACGGACGGUUAUUGGAAUCGGCAGCAGCAGCAGCAGCGUCUUCUCCUCUCUGGUGGCAGUUUAAAGCGACCUCGUUCCGACUACGAUCUCCCAUCUUCAGUGUUGCCUAUGAGCCAUGAGAUUCAUAACUAUUAUCCAAAAGAUGGGGAUCAAAAUAGGUAUCAGGCUGUGAAGGACACAAAAACAAUUGGAUCAGCGUACGACCGAUAUCUGCAAAAUGCGCAAAUUACUCCUUUUUCUUCCGGAGAAGCUAGUGGAUUAAGUGCUGGGUUGGGAAGGGCUGCCAGUAGUGCGAUGACUGGUCUUCCAAUACUUGAUUCUGGUAUAACAGGCCAUCCUCGUGCUAGAGGUCCAGAUCUGGCACCAAAUGGUCAGGACAUUGUUUUCCGUAGUCAGCCUUCAGUGGAUACAACAGCUAGGCCUGUUCGUGAAACUAUACCUCUACCUCCAGAUGCUUCCAGCACUCUAUAUGUUGAGGGACUCCCUUCUGACAGCACAAGGAGGGAAGUAGCUCAUAUCUUUCGCCCUUUUGUGGGAUAUAAGGAAGUAAGACUUGUGAGUAAAGAAUCCAAGCAUCGUGGUGGAGAUCCUAUUAUCCUUUGUUUUGUUGAUUUUGAAAAUCCAGCCUGUGCAGCAACUGCAAUGAGCGCCUUGCAAGGUUAUAAGAUGGAUGAACAUGGUCAUGAAUCUAACUACUUAGGGCUGCAGUUUUCUCGGUACCCUGGUCCAAGAUCUGGCCAUGGAAGUCGUGGAAAGAGGUAAACCAUGAACAAACUUUUGUGAAGGACACCUAUCAUACCAGUUUCCUGGUACUCAUCUAUCCUGCCUUUGAAAAUCUUCAAUUGUUUGACAAUAUAUAUUUAUCCACCUCUUGCAAUUUAGAUUGCUCAAAGCUGUGUCCACUAAUUAUUACCACUUUAGAUCCACAAAGUACUGAAGAGAUAAGGUGCUGCAAUACAAUGCGAGAUUAGUUAAGUGAACAAACAAAGAGAUGCUUAUUUCUGUAGUUAUUAGAUGAUAGGCUCAUUGUAACAUUUUCUUGGGGAUGCUAAUUUUAGCCUUGGCACUCAGAUUCUUCAUGGUUGAUUUUUCGCAUGAACUAUAUCACGAGAGCUUACUAUUGUGUGAUUAUUUUAAGACAUGUUAUAAUGGAUUUCUUCUUCUUUUUGGAA